UGGCCAUUAGCUUAUUAUCAUCUCACUAUUUAUUAUCAUAAUCUUUACAACUAAGCGCACUCUUUGCCUUCUUCUUUGGAUUCCAUUCGUUGCUCCAUCGUUUUGUCAUUUUUGUUUCCAUGAAUUAAUCAAGAGGUGGGGUUUUAAUUUCAGUCUUUAUUAAUUCAUUUAAGAGACUCACGAGACCUCCAUGGACACACACUUAUAAACUUAACCCUUUGUUUUUAUUAUGUCUUGUGUUUCUUCUUUUAGUUUUCUGAGUUGUGUGUUUUGAGUCUUGGGUGUGCGUGAAAAUGAAUCAACUGAGUGUGAUAUUGCAGGAGCCGUUUCAAAGAGAGACGAGAACGAUCCUGGCUUUGCUGAGAGAACAAAUGAACGGUGUUGAUCGAAUCAGAACGCCGACGAGGAGAAGAAGUCUAAAGGAACGGCUAGGAUUAAAAAGCAUGGGCUGCUGCGGGACAACCUGGAGUUUCAGACCAAACACGAUUAACUUAAGCGACAGUGAAGACGAAGAACAACACGACGGACACCAACAAGAAGAUGAAGAAGCUACAAAUCAAGUACAAAUAAUAGACCCCGUUCAGGUUCGAUCCGAAAGUACGCCGGAUCGGGAUUGUCUGGACCGGUCUUUAAUUGGCAGUGGCAUGAAUCUAGCGGCCGCUUUGGCGGCGGAGAGACAUUACCGGGAGGCGGAGGGAAGUAACAACGCGAUCGGUCCCAGUAAUAAUGAGAAUGGGAAUGCGGGUUCUAGAACGGGGACAGCACCGGGGACGCCGUUGAGGGUGUCGUUGAUGAGACUGCUGGCGGAGUCGAACGUGUGUGAUGGGGAGGGAAAAGCGGGAGGAGGGGAGGUGGGGAGUAGUGAUACUAUGUGCUGCGUGUGCAUGGGAAGAAAGAAAGGUGCAGCGUUUAUCCCAUGUGGGCAUACUUUUUGUAGGAUGUGUUCGAGGGAGUUGUGGCUAAAUCGAGGCUCUUGUCCCCUCUGCAACCGUUCGAUCCUCGACAUUCUCGAUAUUUUCUAGUGAAAAAUCACAAUCAUUCAUCACUGAUUAUGAUAAAAAUUGGAGCCUUGAUAUUCAGUUCAGAUCAUGUACGACUUCUUUUGAUUGAUCUUUUAACAGUGAUGAAGGGUAAAUAAAUGUA